GUUUCUCUUAGCUUUUCCUCGAGAUUCUUUCUGCUAAGCGGAAACCCGACGACAGAGAAGGAACAACACAAGAGGAGGAGAGAAGUCGACAACGAAGACGAGAAAGCGAGAGAGAUUCUAACCUCUCUCUCUCGUGCUACGAUUUCAAAAAAUCUCUUCUCAUUAGCAGAUCGAUCGCAAAUCAUCAAGCGCCUCCGCAGUAAUUGACGGCGCUGACUACGUCUCCCUUUGUUUUCUGCGUGAUUGGAGGAUCAUCAAGUCAGCUGACUACGUCUCCUCCGUUGACUCGACUUAAGAUAAAUUGUGGUGGUAUAAUGACAUUGUUGAUAUCUCUGCGUUGAAGAAGAUGUUGGCGAAUUGGAAGUCGAAUUAUUUUGAAGGUUACUACGGGGUCAAAGGUGUAUAAUAGCAUAUGCUUUUUUUUUUUAAGAAGAUAACAAAAUAAUUAUGUCAGAGAAAAAGUUUCCUUUGAAAGCGAAAGACUACAAGUUACAAGAAGAAAUUGGAGAUGGUGUCAGUGCCACUGUGCACAAAGCUUUGUGCAUACCACUUAGCGAGGUCGUUGCUAUCAAGGUUCUUGAUUUGGAGAAGUGCAACAACGAUCUGGAUGGGAUCCGGAGAGAGGUGCAAACAAUGAGUUUGAUCAACCAUCCGAAUGUGUUGCAAGCUCAUUGCUCAUUUACCGCUGGGCACCAGCUAUGGGUUGUGAUGCCUUACAUGGCUGGAGGAUCCUGUCUCCAUAUAAUAAAGUCUUCUUAUCAAGACGGAUUUGAGGAACCUGUUAUCGCUACUUUACUCCGUGAGACUCUGAGAGCUCUUGUGUAUCUUCAUGCCCAUGGACAUAUCCAUAGGGAUGUGAAGGCUGGAAAUAUACUAUUGGACUCUAAUGGUGCCGUUAAGCUAGCAGACUUUGGAGUGUCAGCUUGCAUGUUCGACACAGGAGAUAGACAACGUUCCAGAAAUACAUUCGUUGGGACUCCAUGCUGGAUGGCUCCUGAAGUCAUGCAGCAGCUACAUGGAUAUGAUUUUAAAGCAGAUGUAUGGUCAUUUGGAAUAACAGCACUUGAACUGGCUCAUGGUCAUGCCCCAUUUUCCAAGUAUCCGCCAAUGAAAGUUUUGCUGAUGACCUUACAAAAUGCACCUCCCGGACUUGACUACGAGAGAGACAAAAGAUUUUCAAAAGCAUUUAAAGAGAUGGUGGGUACAUGCCUAGUGAAGGACCCAAAGAAGCGCCCAACUUCAGAAAAGCUUUUAAAGCACCCUUUCUUCAAACAAGCUCGCCCACCUGAUUACUUGGCUAAAACAAUUCUCAAUGGUCUUCCUCCAUUAGGUGAACGUUAUAGAACGAUAAAGUCAAAGGAAGCUGAUCUUCUGAUGCAAAACAAAUCUGAGUACGAAGCACACCUAUCACAGCAAGAAUACAUUAGGGGAAUAAGCGCUUGGAAUUUCAAUCUCGAGGACCUAAAGAGUCAGGCUGCCCUUAUUUCAGAUGAUGAUAGUUCACAUGCUGAAGAGCCUGAUUUCAACAGAAAGCAAUGUGAAAGGCAGGAUGAAUCUGCUCUUUCCCCUGAAAGGGCUAGCAGCUCAGAAACAACUCCCAGUCAGGAUGACGAAUUAAACGAUAUACAAGAUUUGGAGAGUUCUUUCGCCUCGUUUCCAAUCAAACCUCUUCAAGCACUCAAAGGGUGCUUUGAUGUCGGCGAAGACGAGGAUAAUGCAACUACUCCUGAUUGGAAAGAUGCAAGCCUAAUGAGUUCUGGACAACAGCAUUUAACAAAGGCUUCUUCUAUUGGAUCUCUGGCCCACACCACGAAAGAAGAGGACACUGCAGCACAAAAUUCUUAUUUACCACGUCAUGUCAUUUCUGAACAAAAAAAAUAUUCGAGUGGUUCACUUAUACCAGAGAGUACUUACUCUCCAAAAAGAAUCUCAAUGGAAGCUGACAGAGAGUUUCAACUGCGUAGAUAUCAGAGCGAGCGGAGCUACAGCGGAUCAUUGCAGCGCACCAAGAGAGAUACUGUGGACGAGAUGUCAGAUUCCCCGCAUGUGGAGCACAAGGGACGGUUUAAGGUCACAUCAGCAGAUCUCAGUCCUAAGGGCUCUACAAACUCUACAUUCACACCGUUUAGCGGUGGUUCAAGCAGCCCGAGCUCCCUCACGACCGCCUCAAUCCUCCCAUCAGUUCAGUCGAUGUUGCAGCACAACACCAUGCAACGGGAAGAGAUAUUGAGAGUAAUAAAACACCUGGAGCAAACCUCUGUCAAGCAACAACCUGGAUCACCAGAGACAAGCGUCGAUGAGCUAUUGCAGAUGACGCCUACAACUGCACGGGAGAGAGAGCUUCAGACCCAACUCAUGCUAAUGCAACAAAGCUUUUUGAGCCUAACCGAAGAAGUAAAGAAAUUGAAGCAGAGAAAUGGGCAGGUAGAGAAUCAGUUAAACGCAUUAACGCAGAGAAACGAUUGAGUCUCGUUAAGUCAUGAAGACAGCAAAACACAAGCUCAGGGAUGAAACUGGGGAUAUGUCGAGUCAAAACCCCAAAGUCCCUUUUCAAGACAAAGAAGAAAGAGAGAUUUAUGUGUUUAUAUUUAUAUAUUUAUUGGGUGUAAUUUAUUUGACAGGUUAAAUAUUAUGUGACAGCCACUACUACUACAAUGUUUGUCUUGGCGUUAUCCUUUGACAGUCUAUGUUUGGUUUAUGAUGUGCUAUACUUACAUCGUUUGUAUUAUU